GCAACCCCGUGCUACAGUAAAAAGUCUGCUGAAGUUUCAUUGUCACGAAAAUUCGAUUUAUUUAGGUCGAUUGGUUUCACACUGAAGAUGGAUAGAGAAGAAAAGAGUGAACAGUGCCUAGAGCUGGACUCCAUCAUUGACACAUUCGAUAACUGGCAGCUAGUUAUUGCAGACUUGGUGAAGAGCAAAACUGAGUUAACUGAAGAAACAAAAAAAAUAAGAACUGAGAACGAGAGACUGAAAAAGAAAAACACAGAGCUUGAAAAAACUGUUUGUGAUCUUCAGGGAAUGAUAGAUACUAUGCACAAGCAGCUUCACAACAUGUGUGACUUAGAGGAAAACGUCAGAAAAUGUCAAGAAGAACUUAAAAAACAAACAAAAAAACUUUGUGAUGCGAAAUCGGAAGGAAUUGCCCAAAAAGUAAGACAUACCAAAUCAAUUGAGGAAAUGCAAGAGGAACAUUCUAAAGAAACGAGCAAAUUAAUAGAAACCUUUAACAGAGAGAAGGAAUUCGAGGUAGACAAGUUAAGGGGAAUUAUCGAACAGAAAAACGAUGAAAUGUACCAGCUGCAACAAAAAUUGGAUAAAUCAUACGCUGAAAAGGAAUCUGAAAUCCUGAAACUUUCAUUGGAUUACGAAAACAAAUUGUCAAAACUUAAACAAAAGACAUCAGUCGCACCUGCUCAAUCAAGCUCUUCCAAUCAAGAGAUUUUCCGUAAAAAGCUCCAGCAUCUGAAAACAGAAUAUGACAGAGAAGUGAAUAAUCUUAAGUUCACUAUAUCAGAUCUACAAGAGAAAUUGGCUUCCCAAGGAAACACAGGUCGAAUGGCGUUGUCUUCUGGGAAAAAGAGACGAACUUAGUAUCAACGCAAGACGAAAAGAACACUAAUGUGAUAUACUUAAUAUUCAGUUCAUAUUAAUUUAUUCAAACAGAAUUAUUGAGUUUUUAUUUCAAAUAUUCCAACAGCAAAUAAAUAGAUUUCAUUUUCCAAAGAUAUUUAUUGUGAUUUUAAAACCGAUAUAAGACUGGGAUAGUAUGUACGCGAGUGCUAAUCCAAGAUACUUGUACUUUUCUAUGAAAAUUUUAUUACAGCAAAUUCUCGCAGAAUAAUCGCUAAACACUAGUCAUCACGUGAACAUGCAGUGAAUGAAAAUAACACUGUAAGUCUUGAUUGUAUAUUUGAUUGAUUGCAAGGCCUGAUGAGAGGAAAUGAUCCCCGUGUAAAUUAAGUAGCAUUGAUCAGUGGUUAU